UUUAAUUAAAUUACCCACUUUGAAACUCAAAUGGGAAGGCAGCCUUGUUGUGACAAACUCGGCGUCAAGAAGGGUCCUUGGACUGCUGAAGAGGACAAAAAAUUGGUCACCUUUAUUCUCACUCAUGGCCAUUGUUGCUGGCGGGCCGUCCCCAAGCUCGCUGGCCUCCGUCGCUGUGGCAAGAGCUGCCGCCUCCGCUGGACUAACUAUCUCCGCCCUGACCUCAAACGUGGCCUUCUUAAUGAAGCUGAAGAACAACUUGUCAUUGAUCUCCAUGCUCGCCUUGGCAAUAGGUGGUCUAAAAUUGCAGCAAGAUUGCCAGGAAGAACGGAUAAUGAGAUCAAGAAUCAUUGGAAUACCCACAUCAAGAAGAAGCUUAUUAAGAUGGGAAUCGAUCCGGUUACGCAUGAGCCUCUGAAAAAACAAGAAACCGGUACACAAGAUAAUAAUAAUCCUGAGGCAGCUGCAAAGUUUGAUGUUAAUAAUGAUCAGCAGGAGGAGGCAAAAGUGAGCUCUCGGACUGAGAAUUAUUCAACUGAUGAAUCGAAUUCCAGGUCAUUGGAUCCAAACAGUAGUGAUGACGACCUGUUGAUGAGUUACAUGUGGUCAGAGACAUUUCUUGAUGACACUUCAUGGAGCUUCCCAGCUGCCAGAGAAAUAGAAUAUGGUGAUCAAUUUGGAAGAUUGUCUUCAUCAGAAGAAAACUGUUCAUGGUUGAUGGACUAUCAAGAGUUUGGAGAAGGUGAAUUUGGGCUUGGAAAUUGUUUCAAUGAAAAGGACAUUAAUGCAGUACUAGACAUGGGGAGCAAGCUAUGA